AUGGCGAACCAUAGCGCUGGAUUUGACACUCGUGCAGUACAUGUUGGUGCAGAAUGCGAUCCUGGGACAGGUGCAGUUGUUAGUCCUAUUUACCUAGCCUCCACGUACAAGCAAGAUGGCGUCGGGAAAAAUAAGGGUUACGCAUAUACUCGUGUAGACAACCCCAAUCGGAAUCAACUGGAGAAAUUGCUCGCCUCCCUUGAAUUGGGUGGGGGAAGCGCCAUCGCAUUCCCUGCAGGAUCUUCUGCAACGGCAAACGCUGUACAAGCACUUGGCCAGAACCCUCAUAUCAUAUGUAUAGAUGAUGUUUACGGCGGUACAUACACAUAUCUGACCCGGAUCGCCAAUGAGGUACAGGGACUCGAAACUACGUUUGUCGAUCUAGAAAGAAGUUCUGACGAAGAAAUAAUAGCAUGCUUCCGAGAGAAUACCAAGAUGGUCUGGCUUGAGCUACCCACGAACCCCUCACUGCGUGUUAUCGACAUUUCUAGAAUUGUCCGGCUUACUCGCGCUCACCCCUCGAACCCUCUUGUACUCAUAGACAACACUUUUUUGUCCCCGUUUUAUUUAUCUCCGUUCCUUCUUGGGGUCGACAUUAUUCUACACAGCCUAACCAAAUAUGUCAACGGUCACUCUGACGUUCUGAUGGGUGCCCUUGUUUUUCCUGCGGAGCCCAAUCACCCACAUGCCACAGCGUAUGCCAGGCGUGCUCGCUUUCUCCAAGUAUUCUCAGGAGCCGUACCAAGUCCUCAUGACUGCUGGCUAGCUCACCGUGGGGCAAAAACCAUGCAUCUUCGGAUGCAAGCUCAUGGUCGAAAUGCUCUCAAAAUUGCCACAUACCUCCAGUCGAUCGCAGGGCCCAACUCAGCUGUAGAGUCUGUUACAUAUCCUGGCCUAGCCACUCACCCACGCUAUGAAGUCGCCCUUAGACAACUCUCUCCCACUGCCAAGGAAUACAUCGACAACUUGUCUCCCAAUGAAACUUCCGAAGGUAUCCCAUAUGGUGGGAUGAUCACAUUCAGGAUUAAAGGAGGCAUAGAUGCGGUAGAGACUUUCUUCAAUCAUAGCCACUAUUUUCCGCUAGCCUUUAGUCUAGGUGGGGUGGAGAGCCUGGGUCAAAUACCGGCGGGCAUGCCCGAGGCUCAGCGUCUUUCACUAGGAAUUACGCCUAAUCUGAUCCGCCUAAGUAUCGGAAUUGAAGAUCCAAAAGAUCUCAUUGCGGACAUCAGACAAGCGCUUCAGGCUGCAGUGCCCAGCUUUGUCCCCGAUGAGCCAGAACCUGCGAAUACAACUCAGGCCAUAUGA